UUUUUAUUUAUUUACUUUUUUAAGAAACCGAAAUUGAAUUUCGCCGCCAACGCGCGUCCUCUUGUCGGCAUCUUUUCUUUCGUGUCUUUUUAUUCGGUUUUAAGUGUCGAUAGUUAAACUCUUUGAUUGCCCUUCAUAUCGUGAAAAACCGUUGCGCCGUGUGUGUGUGUGUGUGUGUCUGUGUGUGUGUUUGACGGAAAGAGUUCAAUAGUGGCACGAAGGUACCAACAACAAACGAAAAGAAGGACAAAAAACAAAAAAAAAGAGACGAAAAUUGUCGUUCACUUUGCGAUAUGGCAGCCGUCGUGCCGCCGCCGCCAGCCCACGGCCAGCCGCAACAACAUCAUCAACGACUCAACAAGAUGACCGAUCUCACCGACAUGUGGCAAGAUAUUGAGAGCGUUUUAUUGGAUGAAGGUCCAAACGCUUGCGUUGCUACCGCGGGACACGCUUCCGGCGGCGACCCGCUCGCUUACCAUCACUACCACGCCAUCCAUCAUCCGAUUGCAGCUCAUCAGAUGAGUCUUGUUCAUCCAGGAUUCCAGCAGCACCCCAUCAACCAUCAAGGCGCGACGUACAGUGAUGUGACGGGCGAGCCGGUUAUUAAGAACGAACCCGUCGACCUGAUCAGUCACCAAACGGACGACACUAGCGGCUCUUACAGUUUCGGCAACAACGCGGCCAGCCAUCACUUGACGCAGUAUCACGUCCAGCAGCAUCACUACUAUCCGUCGAGCUCGUUCCAUCAUCAAGCGAAUAACGCGUCGGCCGACCACGGCGGCAGCGGUUACGCCAGGUCGGCUUCGACGACGGCGAGAGAUUGCCUCUAUCAGCCGGCGGCGUCCAAUCAUCACGCCGCCGUUCACGCUAGGGCGUCGAGCAAUCCGUCGAUUAGCAGCCCGUCUCCGUCGCCUAACAGCAGCAAUAGCAACAGCAGUUACGCUGCGUUCGGCCAUCAUCAUCAUCAUCAUCCGUCGGCUUACGCGUACGGACCGGUGGCCGUGCCGAUGGCCCACAAUGGCCUACAUCAUCAGCAGGGCGUGUUGGCCGCGUCGCAUCAUCAUUUGACGGCCAGCGGCGGCAGGUUUGCGCACCACCAUCCGCCGUUUGGCCGUCACCAUCCGCCGGGCGCGAGGGUGGCCGUCUCGACGCCGCCCUGUUCGCCUCAGGUGACGGCCGAGACGCUCAAUCCUUCGGCCGUUCAUCAUCACAAUCAGAUGCAAUUACAUCAUCAUCAUCACCACCAUCACUCGCAUUUAUUACAUCCGUCCACGUCGCAACAGCAACCGCCUCCUCCGCCGACAGGGCAAACAUCAGCCGGCCCAUCUGGGCCGUUGAUUAAAUCCAAACGCGGACGGAAACGUUGGGGUCGCAAAAAAGUGACGACGCACAUGUGCUCGUUUGCCGGAUGCGCCAAGACCUACACGAAAUCGUCGCAUCUCAAGGCCCAUCACAGGACGCACACGGGCGAGAAACCGUACCAGUGCUCGUGGAAGGGUUGCGGAUGGAAAUUCGCCCGCUCCGACGAAUUGACCCGCCACUACCGCAAACAUACGGGCGACCGGCCGUUCCAGUGCCGCUUGUGCGAGCGGGCCUUUUCGCGCUCCGACCAUCUUGCCUUGCACAUGAAACGGCACGUGACUGCCUAAACAUUUAUUUAUUUAUUUUUUAAGAGGAAUACAAUCAAAUGAAAAAGAUUAGGUUUUGAAUUGCAAAGGGCGCGAAAAACAAAAUUCAUUUUUAUUGAUAGCACAAUUAUUAUUUUUUGUUUUGAAUGAAACUAACAAAAUGGCUGACCAAAGUUUUUAUUCUUCUGCUUUUUUACUGUUUUCGUUUGAUUAUUUUCUUGCGUUUCUUUUCGCGUUGUGUGAUGAGAGUUUGUUGAGAAAUUUAUAGGCCCUUUUUUUUUGGUUGUUUCGAACGACGCCUUGAUUCAUUUGACUUUUCAGAAAGAUCAAAUUUCUCUACUCGUUUUUUUUUUUUUUUUUGUGUGUGUUAUUUUCAAGUGCGUCUGAUUUGAUUUGAAAAAAAAAAGAAAAAAGAACAUUAUACUCGGAGAGAGAAAUCGAUCAUAUAUAUGUAUAGCACGUAGAUGUAUAGGCUUAAUUUGCGUCAUCAUCCAAAUCGUGUUUGAAUAUUUAAUCAGCAAAGAAGCUCUGCCAUUUUAAAAAGAGAGGAGCCUGUCGACGAAAAGAAUGCCCUGGCUCUUAAUGUGAACUGUAAAUAACGUCUGA